GCUUUGGGGGCCGCUGUGACAUUCUGCUCUGCACUGCGGGCAGGCCAGAGCCUCUGGUCUAGAAGAGAGGGCACUUUGCAGAAGCCAUCGCUCACUACAGAGCCGCCAGAGCGUCCGGAUGGAGGGAGCCACGACCCCAGAUGCCGCUUCGCCCGGGCCUCUCUCCCUACUAGGCCUUCUCUUUGCGGUCACCUUGCUGCUCCCAGUCCUGUUCCUCCUCACCCGGCGCACAAGGCGUCCUUGUGAACCUCCCUUGAUAAAAGGUUGGAUUCCUUAUCUUGGCAUGGCCCUGAAAUUCUGGAAGGAUCCGUUAGCUUUCUUGCAAACUCUUCAAAGGCAAUAUGGUGACACUUUCACUGUCUUACUUGGAGGGAAGUAUAUAACAUUUGUUCUGAACCCUUUCCAGUACCAGUAUGUAAUGAAAAACCCAAAACAAUUAAGCUUUGAGAAGUUCAGCCGAAGAUUAUCAGCGAAAGCCUUCUCUGUCAAGAAGCUGCUAACUGAUGACGACCUUAGCAAUGACAUUCACAGAGGCUAUCUUCUUUUACAAGGCAAAUCUCUGGAUGGUCUUCUGGAAACCAUGAUCCAAGAAGUAAAAGAAAUAUUUGAGUCCAGACUGCUAAAACUCACAGAUUGGAAUACAGCAAGAGUAUUUGAUUUCUGUAGUUCACUGGUAUUUGAAAUCACAUUUACAACUAUAUAUGGAAAAAUUCUUGCUGCUAACAAAAAACAAAUUAUCAGUGAGCUGAGGGAUGAUUUUUUAAAAUUUGAUGACCAUUUCCCAUACUUAGUAUCUGACAUACCUAUUCAGCUUCUAAGAAAUGCAGAAUUUAUGCAGAAGAAAAUUAUAAAAUGUCUCACACCAGAAAAAGUAGCUCAGAUGCAAAGACGGUCAGAAAUUGUUCAGGAGAGGCAGGAGAUGCUGAAAAAAUACUACGGGCAUGAAGAGUUUGAAAUAGGAGCACAUCAUCUUGGCUUGCUCUGGGCCUCUCUAGCAAACACCAUUCCAGCUAUGUUCUGGGCAAUGUAUUAUCUUCUUCAGCAUCCAGAAGCUAUGGAAGUCCUGCGUGACGAAAUUGACAGCUUCCUGCAGUCAACAGGUCAAAAGAAAGGACCUGGAAUUUCUGUCCACUUCACCAGAGAACAAUUGGACAGCUUGGUCUGCCUGGAAAGCGCUAUUCUUGAGGUUCUGAGGUUGUGCUCCUACUCCAGCAUCAUCCGUGAAGUGCAAGAGGAUAUGGAUUUCAGCUCAGAGAGUAGGAGCUACCGUCUGCGGAAAGGAGACUUUGUAGCUGUCUUUCCUCCAAUGAUACACAAUGACCCAGAAGUCUUCGAUGCUCCAAAGGACUUUAGGUUUGAUCGCUUCGUAGAAGAUGGUAAGAAGAAAACAACGUUUUUCAAAGGAGGAAAAAAGCUGAAGAGUUACAUUAUACCAUUUGGACUUGGAACAAGCAAAUGUCCAGGCAGAUACUUUGCAAUUAAUGAAAUGAAGCUACUAGUGAUUAUACUUUUAACUUAUUUUGAUUUAGAAGUCAUUGACACUAAGCCUAUAGGACUAAACCACAGUCGCAUGUUUCUGGGCAUUCAGCAUCCAGACUCUGACAUCUCAUUUAGGUACAAGGCAAAAUCUUGGAGAUCCUGAAAGGGUGGCAGAGAAGCUUAGCGGAAUAAGGCUGCACAUGCUGAGCUCUGUGAUUUGCUGUACUCCCCAAAUGCAGCCACUAUUCUUGUUUGUUAGAAAAUGGCAAAUUUUUAUUUGAUUGCGAUCCAUCCAGUUUGUUUUGGGUCACAAAACCUGUCAUAAAAUAAAGCGCUGUCAUGGUGUAAAAAAAUGUCAUGGCAAUCAUUUCAGGAUAAGGUAAAAUAACGUUUUCAAGUUUGUACUUACUAUGAUUUUUAUCAUUUGUAGUGAAUGUGCUUUUCCAGUAAUAAAUUUGCCCCAGGGUGAUUUUUUUUAAAUUACUGAAAUCCUCUAAUAUGGUUUUAUGUGCUGCCAGAAAAGUGUGCCAUCAAUGGACAGUAUAACAAUUUCCAGUUUUCCAGAGAAGGGAGAAAUUAAACCCCAUGAGUUACGCUGUAUAAAAUUGUUCUCUUCAACUAUAAUAUCAAUAAUGUCUAUAUCACCAGGUUACCUUUGCAUUAAAUGAGUUUUGCAAAAGAUUAAAUGUCCCAACUUCCUUUCAAUAUUUAAUCAUCCAUAAAUGCUCUUUAUAACUUUGUAUUCUACAGCUCAAUAGAACACAAUUAAUUGUUAUGUAAGAUUGCUCGUGUUCAAGUUAGAUAUUGUUAAAUUUUAAUGUAUAUGAAAACACAAAGCCUAUUCCAUAGUCAGCAGUUACUCUAAACAUUAGUAUUAGGUUUAUUGUGGAGGUAAAUGUUGAAGUUACAAUAGCACUGAUGGUAGAAUUGGUCUGUAGUAUAAACUGUGUUAGCUGAUGCUGCAAUGAACCCUUUACCAAACAUUUCCAUUUCUAUAAACAGAGAAAUUAGGUAGCAUUAUUUAUCCACAACCUUUUGGACUUGAAGUUAAGUUUAUUAUUUUAAACUAUUAAAUUAAACUAUACAAAAUAAUUCUAUGUGAUACCAUAUAGCCUGUAUUGAUUAGUAAAAGAUUUCUACUAUCAAA